AUGCUAUCCACGCGAGCCUUUGCCCUGGCGCUGGCCUUUGGCGUGUUCUUUAUGGCAUUGGUGAUUACCGUAGAGCGGUUGGCAUUAUCAUAUACUGGCGAGAAUCAUUACCGAGGAGAGCACCAUGCGACCAAAAGGCCAGAAGCAUUCAAGCACGAUAACUCUCAGCAGACCGACAGAGAGCCAGCACCUUUGUCCAUUGAGACACCUAGCAAUAUGCUAUCACUUGAGUCUGUCUCCGAGUCGGCUGGUCGAUCGAAAAGUGCGCCCGAGUCCGAUUGCGCGCAGUUCCCCGAUACCUCAAAGAUCCUUCUGGUCAUGAAAACAGGAGCUUCAGAAGCCUUCUCAAAAGUGCCAGCCCAGUUGGUAACGAGUCUGAAAUGCUUGCCCGAAUUCCUCAUCUUCAGCGAUAUGGAACAAGAGAUUGGGGGACACAAGAUCUACGAUAGCCUCGACAGAGUUUUGGAUCCAGUAAAGACGAAUAACCGAGACUUUGAUGCUUAUUUUCGACAACGCCAAUGUGCGGCGGAUCAAGAAAGCUGUAACCAAAACAUGGAUUUUGAACAAGAAAGAUGGGACUUGGACAAAUACAAGAAUCUCCAUAUUGCCGAAAAGGCGUUCAACAUGAGACCCAACUAUGACUGGUACUUGUUUGUCGAUGCCGGCGCUUAUGUGGUGUGGCCAACGAUGUUGCGUUGGUUAAAAAAACUGCAUCAUACCGAUCCAAUGUAUAUCGGCAGUAAAACAUCGGCAGGCAACUCCCAUUUCGGCGAUGGAGGGAGCGGCUACGUCGUCUCUAAUAGAGCCAUGCGCGGCUUCUUUGAGAAUGAGCAUAAUGUAGCCAACCGAUGGGACGAAGCUACGAAACGCCAUUGCUGUGGCGAUCUCAUGUUUGCAAAAGCACUGAAAGAGGCCACAGGUAUUAGCGUCAAUGACACGUGGCCAACAACAAAUGCAGAGAAGCCGUUCACCAUUCAUUAUUCUAGCAAGCAGUGGUGUCAACCCAUUGCGACAAUGAACCAUUUAGGAAGCGAGGAAUUGUCUGCAUUGUACGCUUUUGAACGAGAGCGAAAAUUUACCUCCCCUAUGCGUAUCAGGGACCUCUACCAUCACUUCGUGGCCCCGCGACUUGUACCCAAUCGGCCAGAUUGGGAUAACUUGAGCGACGACGUCUUUUACUUGAACAUGUCAGAAAACACGUAUGACCAUUACCAGCUCCGUAAGGCGAAACUGGAAGGCUUGUCGCCUCUUGAGAAGUCAGCUCACUUGAGCUUCGACAGCUGUCAACGAGCUUGCCAGGUUGAUUCAGCCUGUUUGCAGUAUAGAUAUCACAACGGCGUCUGUGGAUUCAGCUGGACGAUCAAGCACGGCCUUCCGAAAAAGAAAGCAAGUCGGAUAUCCGAUCGGUGGAUGAGCGGAUGGGACGUUGACAAGAUUCAAGUAUGGGUGCAGGAGCACGACCACUGCGAUGAGGAGAUUCAGUGGCCCCUGAUCCAGACGCCGCGGCUUUGA